CUUAAUCAGUCAUACAAUUGUCAAAGCAAGAGAGUUAAUUCAUCAAUUUUGGGUGGGGUCUCUUUCCUUAAUUUUGGAUUAUUUCCUUUGUUGGUCCUGGUUUGCAAUUUAAGUUUUUCUUUUUUAAUUUUUCGUACAAGUAUUCACUUUUGAAAAUGUAUUUUAAUUUGGAAGAAAUGGAUAAAAUUAAGAUCUGUUUGGUAGUGGCCGCUUCAGUUGUGGUGCUCUACUUGGCCUACCUGGUGAUACCAAGAUUUCUUAGGUGUAUCUGCCUGGGAAUAGCUCGCUUUAAUAAAAUAUACUACGGGUAUAGUGCGAUCACCUAUUUGGAUGAUGAGAGACUGUCGCUGGUGUCGAAACGUCGCCUGGAGAUGGUGGACAAGAAAACUAUGGUCCUCGAUAUGGAUGAAACCCUAAUAACUUCGGUGAUCCAGAAGCGAAAUAGCCAGCUAAUAAAGCUACCCGAUACUCCAUAUGAUUACAAGUUCCUAAUGCCGGCAUUUGAUUCGAUGGUCUACAUUUACAAGCGACCGCAUGUGGAUUACUUCCUGGACUGUGUCUCCAAGUGGUACGAUUUGGUUAUUUAUACAGCCAGUACGGAUGAUUACGCCGAUCCGAUAUUGGACUUUCUGGACAGGGGCAAGGGCAUCCUGAAGAAGCGCAUGUUCCGUAAGGACUGCAUCGACUUCCUUGGGAUGAGGGCCAAGGAUGUGUCACUGGCUUCGCCCGACUUGGCCAAUGUUUUUCUGUUGGACAACUCGAAUGUGGAGUGCAGCUUCAACUUGGGCAACGCCAUUCAUAUCUCAUCCUAUGAGAUUGGGAAGCGGGACCAGGCUCUAAUCAAUAUCCUGCCCUUUCUGGACUCUCUUCGAUUCACACGGGAUGUGAGAUCAGUGCUUCGGCGCUGUACUCGUUUCGACUGUAUGACCACGAACCUUUGCAAGAUGGUUAAGGGCGCGAAGCUCCCCUAAAAAGCGGCCGUUUGGAGCCUGCAACACUCGUAUUAAAUCAUGGCUUUGUCCCAUUCUCAACUAGAA